UUCUGCAGCGACAGCGAGGACUUGUUCGGGGACUACGACAGUCUCCUGGAGGACAGCUCUCUGCUCGCCAGGCUGGACGUCGCAGAGCAAAUCGAACGACAGCGGUCGGUCGCCGGGCCGCCGACCUCAGGCUUCACCUCCCUGCGGACGCCGGACAACGCCCCGCACAAACCGCCGAGUAAAGACGUCCUCACGGACUCCAUCUUGGACGUCCUCGGAGACGAACCCUUCGGGGACUCACCGACCGACUUACCGGCGAGCCAGCUUCAGUUUCAGCAACGCAGGCCGCACGACGGAGACCAGAAUAAAACCUCCACGCCGCUCAGACACCUGGGGGCUGGAGGACACCCGGAGGCUGGGGGACACCUGGAGGCUGGAGGACACCUGGGGGCUGGAGGACACCCGGAGGCUGGGGGACACCUGGAGGCUGAAGGACACCUGGGGGCUGGAGGACACCCGGAGGCUGGACGUCACCCGGAGGCUGGAGGACACCCGGGGGCUGGAGGACACCCGGGGGCUGGAGGACACCCGGGGGCUGGAGGACACCCGGAGGCUGGAGGUCACCCGGGGGCUGGAGGACACCCGGAGGCUGGAGGUCACCCGGAGGCUGGAGGUCACCCGGGGGCUGGAGGACACCCGGAGGCUGGAGGACACCCGGAGGCUGGAGGACACCCGGGGGCUGGAGGACACCCGGGGGCUGGAGGACACCCGGAGGCUGGAGGACACCCGGAGGCUGGAGGACGUCCGGAGGACAACAGGCGGAGGAGGACCAAGACGAGGAGGAGUAUGGCGGAGCAGCUGAAGAGGACGAUGCUCUGCAACGCAGCCGCUCCGUCCGCCGUCUCACGCACCGCCGAGAGGAAGGACGCCGUGGUCUCCAAGGAGAUCAGCGUCGCCAUGCAGGCGAUGGAGACGCUGUCCUCCGAGACCACAGACCUCGGGCCGUUCUUCGGACUCCCCACUAGAGUCAAAGACCUGAUCUUCAACCUGAGAGGAAUCGAGAAGUUAUACGACUGGCAGGAGACAUGUCUGAACCUGGACUGUGUCCAGCGGAGGGACAACCUGAUCUACUCCCUCCCCACCAGCGGGGGGAAGACCCUGGUAGCCGAGAUCCUGGUCCUCAGGGAGCUGCUGUGCAGGAAGAAGGACUGUCUGCUCAUCCUUCCGUACGUCUCCCUGGUGCAGGAGAAGGUACCGAGGAGGGACAUGGGAAGACAAAAUGCU